GCAUUGCCGUGCAGUGGUUAUCGUUGUUUCGAACACACACCCCAUGCUACUCACCGGCCACCACUCCUAUACAAUACCACGCUGAUCGGGCUUCGCAACCAAGCGGUACCCUGUGUAGUUGUUAGUUUGUUACAGCUAGCGAUCAAGUCCGCGCGUGCGUGCAAGUGAGGAUAACCGGCCCGGCGGCACGCUUGCGAUGGCUGGUGGAGGGUUCGCCGCGGCCGGCGCCCCGUCGGGCGACUACGGCGGCGGCAUAACCUUCUCCGUCGUGGUCACCUGCCUCAUGGCAGCCUCCGGUGGCCUCAUCUUCGGCUACGACAUCGGCAUCUCAGGGGGCGUGACGGCGAUGGAGUCAUUCCUGGAGGAAUUCUUCCCGGGCGUGCUCCGACGGAUGGCGGCCGCGCGGCGGGACCAGUACUGCGUCUACGACAGCCACGUGCUGACGGCGUUCACGUCGUCGCUGUACCUGGCGGGGCUGGUCGCGUCGCUCGCGGCUGGCAGGGUCACCAGGGCGGUCGGGAGGCAGGCAGUCAUGCUAGCUGGCGGCGCGUUCUUCCUGGCCGGCGCCGCCGUGAACGCCGCAGCGGUGAACAUUGCCAUGCUCAUCGUCGGCCGCAUGCUGCUCGGCUUCGGCAUCGGCUUCACCAACCAGGCGGCGCCGGUGUACCUGGCGGAGACGGCGCCGGCCAAGUGGAGGGGCGCCUUCACCACGGGGUUCCAGCUCUUCCUCGGCAUCGGCAACCUCGCGGCCAACCUGACAAACUACGGCGCCGCGCGCAUCCCGCGCUGGGGCUGGCGGCUCUCCCUCGGCCUGGCGGCGGUGCCGGCGUCCGUCAUCCUCGCGGGCGCCCUGCUCAUCCCGGACACUCCCAGCAGCCUCAUCGUGCGCGGCCGGGCGGAGCAGGCGCGCGCCGCGCUCCGGCGCGUCCGCGGCCCCAAGGCCGACGUCGACGCCGAGCUGGAGGACGUGGCCCGCGCGGUCGAGGCGGCGCGCUCCAACGAGCAGGGCGCAUUCCGGAGGAUCCUCGGCAGGGAGUACCGGCCCCACCUGGUGAUGGCCGUGGCGGUGCCGCUCUUCCAGCAGCUCACCGGGGUCAUCGUCAUCGCAUUCUUCUCGCCGGUGCUGUUCCAGACGGCCGGGUUCGGGAGCAACGCCGCGCUGAUGGGCGCCGUCAUCCUCGGCGCCGUCAACCUCGGCUCCGCCCUCGUGUCCGUCGCCACGGUCGACCGCUACGGUCGCAGGCCGCUGUUCUUGGCUGGUGGGCUCGUCAUGAUCAUGUGCCAGGUUGCGGUUGCGUGGAUCAUGGGGUCGCAGAUCGGCCGUGACGGCGAGUCCACCAUGGCCAGGAAGUACUCCGUCGCGGUGCUGGCUCUGACCUGCGUCUUUUCGGCGUCCUUCGGGUGGUCGUGGGGUCCCCUCACGUGGGUGAUCCCCGGCGAGAUAUUCCCGGUGGAGGUCCGCUCGGCCGGGCAGGGAAUCAGCGUGGCCGUCAACCUCGGCGCCACCUUCGUGCUCACGCAAACCUUCCUAUCCAUGCUCUGCAGCUUCAAGUACGCCACCUUCAUCUACUACGCGGCCUGGGUCGCCGUCAUGACAGCCUUCGUGGUGGCAUUCCUGCCGGAGACCAAGGGGGUGCCCCUCGAGGCCAUGGGCGCCGUCUGGGCGCGCCACUGGUACUGGGGACGCUUCGUCAACGUGCAGCAGCAGCCGCCGCCCAAGAACACCGAUGCGCUCAUAAACUGACGACGUUUAGCGCCUUUGCCGUCGUGGCCUCAUGGGCGUGGCUUUCAUCUCCGUACCCGCGGCACGAGUUGUGUGUAUGUGUGUUCGUAUGUGGCCAUGUGGGUAUAUGGAGCCGCAGUGCUGUCUGUGAAAAGAUUGUUUCUUUUUUCCUUUUCUUUUGUGGAAGAAAGAUGUUUGUUUCGUGGUGUUGUACGUCCAUUCGUCGUAUCGGAUUGAAUAACAUUCUUUGUCUGCC